AUGGAGCAACGUAUGAAGGAAAUGAAACCGAUAACGGGUAAUGAUUGGCAGCAUAUGCGCACGGCGACGAAAUUGGCCCGGUACGCUUUGGAUCACGACGAGACUCCUGUAGCGUGCAUUUUCGUGCACACACCCACCAACCAGAUCCUGGCUUACGGGCUCAACGACACCAACAAAUCGCUCACGGGCGUCGCACACGCAGAAUUCAUGGGCAUUGCGCAGAUACAACGCGCCACGGGCGCACACGACCGUGAGAUUUAUAAGGAUAUCACUCUGUACGUGACCGUUGAACCCUGUAUCAUGUGUGCGUCUGCGCUCAAACAGCUUGGGCUGCGGCGGGUCGUGUUUGGUUGCGGUAACGAGCGGUUUGGAGGCAAUGGCUCUAUCUUGUCAAUCCAUUCGGACGAAUCCACCGCUGCCGCGAACAAGUACAGCUCUGUACCGGGCCUUUUGCGGAAAGAAGCGAUCUUGCUGCUGCGAUACUUUUACGUGCGGGAAAACGAGCGAUCGCCCAACCCGCGAGUCAAGGCAGAGCGGAAACUGGACUUGGAGACUUUCCCGCCGAUGGAAUGGUCACGGUACGUUGACAGAGACGAGUUCAUGCACUGUUUUGGUGCUGAAAACGUGAGACAUUUUGACGACAAAACGGACCUGCGCGACCAAGUUGAGUGGGGGCUCAUUGACGAGCCGCACGACAAGGUACUGGAGUUGAUCCAGCGGCAAUGUGACGCAUUUCGACUCCACACGGCCAAAAAAUUCAAAAGUUAG